ACUUCAUGUUAUCUAUCACUCAACCACACUGUCUUGUUGGAGACACUGGAGAGUGGUAGGAAGAUCUAGGACAUGUCCUAUUAAUAAUUGUAAAUAGUGUACAAAUGCUGCAGGAAAGGAUAUUGGUGAUUCAGGAGGUUACAUGCUUCCUUCCAAUGCCAUAGCCUGCUGAUAGAGGGUGCUUUGCUGCUGUCAUCAUUGUCACAUUUUGGAUGAGAGGUAAACCCGACAUCUUAUGGUUAUUAAAGGUUCCAUGGCAGGAUUGAAGGGAAAGGCCGCUAUACUCUCCCAACUGAAACCAAAUAUAAUGGCACAAUGAAAGAUGGAAUGUUUCAUGGCAAAGGAACCUUGUAUUUUCCUAAUAGAAGCAAAUAUAUAGGAAUCUGGGACUGCGGAAUAUCAAAAGAGGGGAAAUACACCUUUGCAGAUGGUCUUGAAUUCAAAGAUAAAAAAUGGCAUUAUUGUGAUGGCUAUGACAGAAGAUUUUAUACAGAAAUCUGUUCCGGCCUAAAACCAGCAGGUAUCUCUCAGCUUACAAAUUUAGAUCCUCCCAGAACGAUUCCACAAGGCUGUUAUGACUGUGGUGAUGGAUUCUAUAAUACUAAUACCAGAGUUGUCACUGAUUACAAACUCAGGUUUUUGAGGAAUGCAGAUGAUGAUGAACAUGAAUGGAUCAUUCGCACCUGCCGGAAAGGCUGGGAUGAAAUAACUGGAUUUAAACCUAAACUGCUUUAGCUUCUACCCUGAUUUUGGAAGACAACAUUUGAUUGAUCCUUAAGUCUGAAUGUCUUUGUGGAUUUAGAUCAGCCCAUACCAUUAUGUGAUUGUAGUUUUAUAGCCUUUGUUAGCAUAAUAAAACUGGAACCAUCAUUUAA